CAAAUCGAAGGCGCUGCCCAAAAUCUGAUCAACUCCAUAGUGGAGAUCAGUGAGAAGCCAAAGUGUGUUGUUUUUGGGAUUGUCGGGAUGGGUGGGAUUGGGAAGACCACUCUAGCGCGUAAAGUAUUUAAUGAUGAAAGGAUCAUACAAAACUAUCCGAUUCGAGUGUGGUUGUGUGUAACGAAGAAAUAUUCAGAGACUGAUUUGCUCAAAGAAAUGAUUAGAAGCGUAGGAGGAAAUGUUGAAGGAGCUAAGAGUAGAGCGGAACUUGAACGUAAACUUGUUUCCCUCCUAUCGAAAAAUUUGCUUCUGGUAUUAGACGAUGUAUGGAGUCCAGAGGUAUGGGAAGAUUUUCUCAAGAACCCUUUGAUGCAUGAGGCAGCCAGUAAUUGUAGGAUCGUAAUUACAACUAGAGACGAAAACGUGGCAAGAAAUUUGGGAGACAAUGUUCAUCAUGUUGAGAAAAUGGAUGAAGAGUGUGGCUGGGAAUUGCUGUGGAAGACGGUUUGGGAUAAUAGAGAGAAGGGCGAUAUUUCUAGAUUCAAGGAGAUUGGAACUAAAAUGGUUCAAAAAUGUGAUGGACUUCCUCUCGCAAUAAAGGUUCUUGCGGGGGCUUUAAGAUCCAGGAGAAGUACGAUGGAGUGGGAAAAGGUUCUCAGAAGUGAUCUAUGGAAGAUGAAGAAGCUCGACGAGAAUGUACUGGGGGUUUUGUUCUUGAGUUAUGAAGAUUUACCUUCUCAUCUUAAGCAGUGCUUUCUGCAUUGCUCUUUGUUUCCCGACAAGGCUGAUAUGUACCGUAAGGAUCUUAUCCGGCUUUGGGUGGCUGAAGGUUUCACAGAGGAGAACGGAGAACUAUCGAUGGAAGAGAUUGCCGAGGGUUAUUACGAGGACAUGAUCUGGCGAAACCUACUGCAGGUGGAUCCUACCUUUGUAGACGGCAGCAGAUGCACCAUGCAUGAUCUUUUGAGAUCGCUUGCUCAGUCCUUGAUCCAAGGCGAGGGUGUCUAUGUCAGUGAUCUCCAAUCAUUGAAUUCGGACCCAUUAACUAAGCUUCGUCGAUUGUCAACAUCAAACAUAGGGGAGAGGAUACAGCUCCCCGACAGAAUCGUUGAAGAGAAGUGUUUAAGAUCUUUGCUCAUCUUUGAUAGCCCUCGUGCCCGUACAAUUGGAGAUGAUCUGUUUAAAAAGCUAAGGAACCUGAGAGUCCUGCUUCUGAACGACACAUCCAUCGAGAGUCUUCCCAAUUUUCUCAGGCAAUUGCAUCUAUUCUGCAUGAGUCAAGAUCCAGCGCAACGUACCGCGGAGCAAACCCAUAGAGCUCGGAAGAUAUGCCACGGACUCUGUCCCCCACCGAGCCUGCAGUAUCUUUCUAUCAAAUUCUUUCCCGGUAAUUGUUUUCCGAGAUGGAUGAUGUUGUCUUCCCUCGACACUGCUUUCCCCCGGCUGUCAUACUUGAGCAUUCAUGAUCUUCCAUCGUGCUGCGAGCUUCCUCCACUAGGCCUGCUUCCAGAGCUAAAGUUCCUAUCCAUUAAUGGGGCAAAUGCAAUCAUAACCAUCGGUGCUGAAUUCCUCGGCGAUCGCCAGAGUUUACAGGGAUUUCGGGCAUUUCCCAUGCUUGAGGUAAUGCAAUUCAUAAACAUGCCCAACUGGACAAAAUGGUUGACAUCAGCGACAUCAGUGCAAGAGAAAACCUCGCUUGCACGGAUUGGAAGGCGUCUGCCCCGUUCAGCGACUAUCCGCCGAGCAAUACCAGAUUCAAGUCCAGAUCCGAGGCAGCCACGAUCUGAGCUAGAUCUGGUCGGGAGUCGAGACAUUCAUUUUACCAACUCCGACCUGUCACGUCAUCAAAAUCCUGUCAGCCUUCCGACAAGCGAGUCCCCCGCUGAUGAUAGCAGACGCAGCAGCCAUCGUAAGCUGCUCCCUAAUCUGAAGGAGCUCUGGCUCGUCGACUGUCCCAAGCUGGGAGCUCUUCCGGGAGGCCUUUGCCCGACCAACUUGAAAUUACUCUACAAGGAGCGCACUCACAGCAUCGUAGAAAUCAAGAACCUCGACUUUUUGACUGACAACCUCUCUCUCAAGCAUAACCACAGCUUGCGGCGUAUAUCAAAUCUCCCCUCGCUGAAGCAUCUGCAAGUGGAUGACUGCCCGAGCUUGGAGUACGUGGGAGAUCUGGCUGGCCUGCAACACCUGGAAUUGUCUUGUCCACCACCAGCGGAGUGCCUGCCGCCAUGGCUGUCGGAUCUCGUGGAGCAGCAGCAAAGUUUCAGAAAGCUUGAGCUGCAGUGCAGCUUGCCAUUGUUGAAGAGGUGUCUCGUGGGCGAGGUCAACUGGGAGAUCAUCCGCCAAAUACCGGAGGUCAGGAUUCGGGCCAUCGAUGCCAACGAGUUCAUUUGGUAUAACAAGGAUCCAUACAUGUACGACACCAACGUAGGUUCAGCAUGAGCAGAGUCGCCGUCUCUGUAAGUCGUGUUCUUCUUCUCAUUCCGGUUGCCUUGCGUGCUUUUUUUGGUUCACACGGACGCCAACUUCUUCUUUCUUCCAGGAUUACUCGGCAGUCUUGUGCUUGGUCUAUCAGACAAAUUAGUCGUCGUCGUCGUCUGUGUAUGGAUCGAUCAGAAGUCUCUUUGAUUGUUGUUCACUUCCCUUACCAUUUGUGCUUGAAGCUAUUUGGCAGUUUGAAAGCGAUGUGCUUUUUCUUCUUUUUCCUUUUAACUUAAAUGUGUGCUUGGACCAUAAUAUCUAUUUGCUUUCAAUGAAA